GCCGUCGAGAAGGUUGUUCCACCUGCGUAUAAUCGGUGCUGAUGUUACGCUCUGACCACCACCAGCUAUCCGACGAUUAAACGUAUCCCGAUUAAACUGUCACCAGGAGCGUUGCUGGUCGCGACGUUUUACCCAGCACUGGCUACUAGAAGCUGAACACCACGGGCUGGACGAGAAAAAUGGGGCGUACGCUGAGCCACGAGAGACGGAUCGAUCGCGAAACAAACGUACGCUGGAUGGACGGCGACGUGCAGUAACGUUUGUCGAGCGGAAAGCAAGGAAAGCUUUGGCCAGGAGAGAGCCGUUCGGGGGUGUCGCGCCAUACUGGGGUGGAACGCGGUGGCUGUUUGUGGAAAACCGAGCGAGACACCGGUCGUUCGAACGUCGUCGUGACAGUGCGCGAAACAGAGACACGUCGAAUGGAAUAACGCAAGUUUAACGGGGGUGCGUGGGUGAAAGUGGUCGGUGUCAGCGUCAGCGUCAGCGUCAGCGUCAGCGUCAGCGUCAGCGUGUAUUAGGAGGUCGAGGUCGUGUCACCUAGCAGAGACACAUCGACGUUCGGAAGAAUCAGCGAAUACGCGGUUCGAGGUCAGGUGACCCUGGAGAAAUCCUGGAGCCACGAGUAAUUGGACGAACACCAUAGGGGAGGCCUAUCGUGACCGAAGAAAGAGGUGACACGCCGAGGAGAAUCGACCAAGUGGAGAGGAACUCGAGAGGGGUGCUUGAAGAGACAACGACGUCGAGAGGACAGACGGAGAAAGUGUGUCACCGACGUGGUACGCGAGGCGCCUCGAGGUGCCUUAGGUUAGGUCCGUAGCUAGACUUCCUUCGUAACAAGCUGAUUAGAGGAAAUUAGAGGAAAUUAGAGGAAAUUAGAGGAAAAAAUGCACUUGAAUAAACAAAAAAUUCUUUCAUCGAAAAUAUCAAAUAUUCGAUUCAAGCAUGAUCCUGACGCGAAAUCUUUCUAAUUGAUUAAAGCGAAUUGAUUAAGCGCGGUCUAGUGUUGACCACGCUUACGUACCAAUGGCCGGAAAAGAAUCAUCGGCGUCAAAUUGUGCGUAACGUGAUCGUGAAGUGAUACUCUCCCCGCAGAAGCGUUCGGUCAAUUAAAUCGUAUCGAAAGUGUGUAACUCAGCGUGUAUGUGAAACCCUCGUGUAAGUACGUCAAGUGUGCUCCUAGCGUGUCCAGUGUCAUCGAGCGUCUAUCCAUUUAUUCUAUUUCUUAAUUAACAAAAUAAUUAUCCAUAUCCAGCUAUUUUAUUUACUCUGGCUGAUCGGUAUUGCUGAUUUUCGGAUUUUCGGAUUUUCGUAUAUUAGAGAUAAAGAGACAACGAAGAGGAUAGUGGGAUUUCACAGGGACGUGUGCAGAGUCACUCUCUCUUUCCACAUUGGUCGGGGCACGCUCACAGUCGAAGGUGAUCGGCGCGUGCGUGCUCACGUGCGAAUGCAGCCGGUACAACGUGGCUACUAGUGAGUACACAACUAGCGGAGCUACUCGAGUCUGACAUCCUCGCGAACAGCCCGGAAAACAGCUUUUCUUCUGGUGAUGUGACGAACAAUAAAAAAGGCCGAUUAACCGUUGAAGCGACGCCGCUGAAAAUCGCGAUCGUUUAGCUACGAACAGGAAGCAUGCAUCCCUCGCAGGUGUCCAGCAACGUGGGCGCGCUGUUGCCUUUGCUGGUGGUAUUGGUUGGCCAGGUAGCCUUGUCCUUCGUCUUGGAAGGUUCGUCCACGAGCUAUGCUCAGUUCCGCAAAUGGAACGCAGGUCUGAACGGCACGCUCGAGUUCGAGUUCAAGACCGAACAGGGCAACGGUUUGCUUCUCUACACCGACGACGGCGGUACAUACGAUUUCUUCGAGGUGAAACUUGUCGAGAGUGCGCUGAGGCUGAGGUACAACCUUGGCGGCGGCGCCCAGAUCGUCACCGUCGGCCACGAUCUAGGCGACGGCCACUGGCACAAGGUACAGAUCACCAGGUGCAACGAGAACACCACGCUGACGGUAGACGGUGUCAGCGCAGUCUCAACGUCGCGAGGCAAGGAAUUCGAGUUCGGCAAACUGACAGGCAAUUCCGAUGUUUACGUGGGCGGUAUGCCCAGCUGGUACAAUAGCAAGCUCACGUUGCUCGCCUUACCGAGCGUGAUUUUUGAGCCAAGGUUCAAUGGUUUCAUCAGGAACCUCGUGUACGCCGAUGGCGAGAGUACCGUGCCUAAGAGACAGGAGAUGAAGAGUCGAGAUGCCAAGUGUGGUGGAUUUCCAUGCGUCGAGAAUGUUAAGCGCAAAUCGCCGAGGAGUUUACGCAACAUGAUGACCGCCAAUACGACUGAUGCUUGUGAAACACGUGAUCCUUGCCAACACGGUGGUAUCUGCAUUUCCACCGAUAGUGGACCCAUCUGUGAGUGCCGGUCCGGCGAUUAUGAGGGUGCCUAUUGUGAGAAAGAAGCAUGGAGCACGGUGCUACCUACGGCGGGUGCUGCUGAAUACUGGGCAUGGGAGUACAAUAAAGCUCCUUCUGAAGCAUCUUUCAAAGGAACAGAAUACUUGACGAUAGACUUGAGCAAAGGUGAACCUGUUCUGAGUACCCAGGAAUCUAUCAGUUUGCAAUUUAAAACUAGACAGCCUAAAGGACUUCUGUUUUAUUCCGGCAAUCUAUGCAGUCGUACUUCCUGUCCAAAUGGUGAGGGGGAUGAUUAUCUCACCGUGUCCCUGAGAGAUGGUGGAGCAGCAGUUGGGAUGACUCUAGCCAAAGGAAGAUUAGAUCUCCAUAUAAAGCCAGCCAGGGUUCGCUUCGAUGAUAAUCAGUGGCACAAAAUCAUCAUACACAGGAAGGUUCAAGAGAUCUCUUCCAUCACCAGCUUCUGCAGGUUGUCCGCCAUCGUCGAUGGGAUUUACGCGGAACACGGACACACUGCGGGCUCGUUCACGCAUUUGGCGAGCGAUCGGCUGCUGGUGGGUGGAGGCGCCGAAGCCAGAUCCCUACAGGGCGCCAAAGGGAUCACCAACUUCGUUGGAUGCCUGAGGAAGGUCGAAUUCAUCGCAGAAGGGGUGAAAAUGGAGCUGAUCGAGGCAGCCAGGAGCGGAGCCGCCGGGGCUGCCGCCUGGGGCAACAUGGAUUUCCACUGCCGAGAGCCUAGAGCUUCGGACCCGAUCACCUUCACUACAAGGGACUCUCAUCUGUCUUCGGCGACGAUUAGUGCAAGGCGACUUCACGGCGCUGUGGUCACCUUUACCAGCCCAGAGUCCCAUCUGGUCCUGCCACCCUGGAAGGCGGCCAAGUCAGGCAGCAUGUCUUUCAAAAUUCGUACCAACGAACCGAAUGGACUGAUCAUGUACAGCCGCAGUGGAGCCCACACGAGGCAAGAUUUGUUUGCAUUCGAAAUUUUCGGCGGUCAUUUGUAUCUGCAUGCUGACCUCGGAAGCGGACCUGUCAAGGUAAAGGCAUCAAAACAACGGAUCGAUGAUGGCACGUGGCACGACGUAGCACUUCGACGAGUCGAAAGAGACGGACGUGUUACCGUCGAUAACUGGACAGUGGAGUUUCGUACACCAGGAGAUUCCACUCAGUUAGAUCUCGAUGGAUUGAUGUACAUCGGUGGAGUAGGUGCUCCAUUUGCACCCUUAACAGUUCCUCCAGUGUUGUGGACAGGCACCUUGAGACAGGGUUACGUCGGUUGCAUGAGAGAACUUGUCAUAAACGGACAACAAAUCGAUAUUGCUGGAUAUGCUCAACAACAAGACUCCGGCGCUGUCAGGCCAGCUUGUCAUUCUCAACCACCGCAUUGUUCUUCGCAACCCUGCAUGCAUGGUGGUCAUUGUCUCGAGGGAUGGAACAGGUUUCACUGCGAUUGUACUGGAACACCCUUUACAGGUCCUACGUGUGGAAAAGAUGCAUCAACAUUGCAUUUAAACGGGACACAGCAAAUGACAGCCCUAAUGCCGGAGGAUUCAAAGACUCAAGCUGAAGAAGUGGUGGUUCGUUUCAAAACGACCCGACCACGUGGACUGCUUUUAUCGACUAGCUUGGAGAAUAGCCCAGAUCGACUGCAAAUCUAUCUGGAAGAAGGCAAAGCGAAAUUGCUGAUCCACGUCGGUGACAAGGAAAAGGUGCUGGUUGCUGGACAAGGGUUGAACGAUGAUAUGUGGCACACCCUGAGGUUUUCUAGGAGAGCAGGGUCUCUGAAGUUUCAAAUCGACGACGAGCCUUCUGUACGAUCUGAAACGCAGCUUAGCAAUCAAAGUAUCCUGGAAUUUCGUACUCUCCACGUGGGUGGCUAUUUACAUGCUGGAGAAGAGAUACCCCAUUUCGUUGGCCAACUACAGCAAAUUUGGUUCAAUGGCUACCCCUAUCUGGAAAUAGCAAGGAGCUCCGGGAAUCACCAAGCUUCUCAUCAAGGUGUGACACCUAUCAUCAGAGUAACAGGGAAGUUUGGUAAAAGGAACCAUCCAGUACAUUAUCCGGUGACUUUCACGUCGAAACACACGUUUGUUGGAUUACCUGUGUUGAAAGCGUACGUGGAAACAAACAUCUACUUCCAGUUUAAAACACGCGAAGCAAACGGCUUGAUUCUCUUCAACGCUGGUCGAGAACGUGACUUCAUCGCCGUAGAAUUGGUGAACGGCCACGUCCACUAUGUAUUCGACCUGGGUGAUGGUCCUGUCAGGGUCAGGGACAGUUCGAGAUCCCGAUUGAACGAUGGAAAAUGGCAUGCUGUCAGCAUAGGAAGGCCAGCGCCUAAGAGACACACGCUUGCUGUCGAUGAUCACGUCACUGUUGUGAACAGUCAAGGCAGUAAUGAGAAUCUUGAUCUCGACGGAAUCUUGUGUAUUGGGGGUGUGGAGAAAUCACAAUACGGCCAUCUACCAAAACAAAUACUCAGCAGACACGGUUUCGAAGGUUGUCUCGCCUCGCUGGAUCUCAGCGGCGAAAGCACCAAUCUGAUUUCCGACGCUGUUGUACCAAGUUCCUUAGUGGAAUCUGGAUGUAACAUGUUCACUAACCUUCAUCCUGGAAAGAAAUGUACCCAUGAUUUGUGCUCAAACCAUGGCACAUGUGUGCAACAAUGGAACAGUUACACCUGUGAUUGCGAUAUGACUAGUUUCAUCGGACCAACGUGUAACGAAGAAGCUGUAGCGUAUGAAUUCGGAGCCGGAAGAGGAAUCAUUACGUACACCUUUCCCCCAGAUCGCAGACCGGAAAUGAAAAGGGACACAGUGGCUCUGGGUUUCGUUACAAGUGUCAACGAUGCUGUGCUUCUCAGAAUAGAAUCUGCUUCAAGCGACGAUUAUCUCGAAAUUGAAAUUGUGGAGGGAAACGUAUUCGCUGUUUACAACAUGGGAACGAACGAUCAUCCUAUUGGUGAGGCCGGUGUCAAAGUGAAUGAUAAUCAAUAUCACGUCGUCAGAUUCACUAGAACAGGGGCAAACAGCACUCUACAGGUUGAUGAUUACAAUCUGCAGUCCAAUCAUCCGUCCGGUCGCCAGUUGACGGUGUUCAAUUACCAAUCGACCAUUCAAGUCGGUGGUCGAUGGAAUCGCAACAAAGGAAGAGUGGAGAGGCCAUUUUUAGGAAUAAUUGCCGGUCUCGUUGUGAACGGUGCACGAAUUUUGGAAUUAGCUGCCGCAAAGGAUGGAAGAAUUACUACCAGAGGCGACGUUCAAUUACUUCCGGUUGGAAGCCUUUUGGAUCGGGCAGCUCCGUUACAGAGAAUGCAACAAACGCCUGCGUCCGGUUUUCCGGGUGUUAUGGACGAUCUCAUAUUUUCUGGCGCCGGAAGUGGUUGCGUCGCCGACGACGAGGACGUAGAAUGCACUCCGAUCUAUGAGCCUGGUUCCGGUAAGUACGACAUAAUAACGCCAGUUUACGUCGCCCCGACGAGGUCGCCGACGACCUACAGACCGAAACAUCACAAGGAAAACAUCCAAGAACGUCCUUCGUGCGACGACGAGGAGGACUGCGGUGAAGGAUCCGGCGAGCCCGUCACCACCGAGGAAAUCUUUGUCACUUCAGCAACUGAUUCCAGUUCAGUGGCGUACACGACAGCCCGCGAGUACACGACCAGCCACAUCAGCACGCAAACGUCUCCAGGCUCGCCGUCCACAUCGACCCGGGACAUCGUCACCGUUUCUCUCCAGUACAAUGUGUCAACCACAGACCUCGAAACCAGCCACGCCAGUAGCGUCGUGACGCCGAGAUCGACGAGCGUAACAACUCAGACGAGCACCACAGAGAUGACGGACCCGCCACCGCCACCGCCACCCCCAAUGUAUCCUCCGAUGCCUACACCGCCAAAGAACAACAACAACAACAAUAAAAGGAUAACAUCAGAGGCAGCGGAGAACGCUGCUCUGAUAAUAGGUAUCAUAGCCGCGGCGUUGAUCGCGAUCGUUCUCAUCAUUCUGAUCAUCCUCAAGUUCAAGAAUCGUCCGGAGACCAGCUACAAGGUGGACGAGACGAAGAACUUCUGUCAAGAUCCAAACGCGGCACUGCUGGGUGCGACCUGUUCCGGGCAACCGUUCAACGGUGCCCUGAAAAACGGCGCGAACGGUAGCAAAACCAACAAGAAACGAGAACUGGUAGAUAUCAAAGAGUGGUACGUGUAGAGAUGGCCGGUCUUUGAGGUGCGCGUUUCGCACGCGUUCUUGAACCUCGUGCCAGGUGUCCAGAUAUAAAUACUCGACGAACCAGUGUGAGUCUCGCUUAGGUCCUUCGUCGGUGCUGUGUUAGUAAUUCUUGUCGGACGCGUUAAUGGUGUUGCUCGCGGACUAAUGGUCUGCUCCGGGAACAGUGAAACGCGGCUUCCGUUUCCUCAUGAAUUAUGGAGAACGGUUGUCGCUGGAUCAAAGUGAUUCUUCUUCGAGAUUGAGCAUAUCCGAUAUCCUCGACGGAAGAACUGGUUGAAAAGAGACGAUGUUAGGUAUCGGGUAUGGUUGAGACAAAACUGUCCGGAAAUAGGUAUGAUUAUGUGCUGCGUUGCGAUAUUCGGAAACGCAAAUCGGGACGCGUAAUGUCCCGUUUUGCCCCCGUAACUGAUUCGAUGCUCCGGUUUAUUUCCAGCACUUUUCCGACGCGACCUCGUAGGCGACGAAAUCUAAAUCCUCGAAAUACGGUCGCAUCCUCCUGAAGAGGUCUCGCGAGAUCGUCAACUCUCGCAAUCAAGUGAAAUCAAACUUCUUCCUUGUUAUUAUCUAUUGUUAGUUGUGUAUUAUAUUCAUUGUAUAUGAAAGAUUUAUUAUCUUCUUUAGGUCAAAUCUUUCUUCUAAGUACAGUAAACGAGUUAAAGAAACUCGUACAACCGAAUGGUAAUAUAGUGAGAGGCUGUAUAGCAAGUGGCAACAUAACGUCGUUUACUGUAUACAUACGAGCCGCGCUGUAUUUCGAGGAUCAAACGUGCUUUCGUUGAAACAUUUUUUCAUAGUCUAAUUAUAUGCGCGUAAGAAAGUGUUGGAACUAACAAUAAGGACGAAAGUAUCACACGAAUGAUGAUCCUAUCUAGCGUUUAAUGAAAUCAUUGUUGUAUAGAAGAAAAUGAAAUUCCCCCAAAGAAAUGAAACACACACACACAGAGACACACACACACACAGACACAGAAAUAAAUAUACAUACGCGAUAUUUAUCGAUUAUGUUACGCGUGUAAAUUGUUUAUUAAAUUAUAGAUUUUAUUAACACAACAUGGAGGAGAGUUAAGUGUACAUGUUACGUGGGUGCAUGGUGGAGCGUGAAAGAGAGUCCGUGAGCGAACCGGAUAUGUGACACGUCGGUGUUAUUUAUUAAUCGUAAGGUAUAACACGUUCACGUUGAACGUGAGGUAAGGAUAAUUAAACCCGAUGAACGCUGUCGAGUAGUGACACGUAGACAUACGCAGAGAUGCUUACACGUAUACACAGGAUGUGAAACGCAAAUAUUGCCAAAAUGAAACGAGCUACCUUUGACCGGUACUUAACCCUUUCACGCCUCUCUAAUUCUAUUCGAUUCUGUGUUUUGUUCGAAGUUUCAUUUUGAAGAAAAUCGAGUUUGAAGAUACCUAUGAAAUAAGACACACCGGGUGCCCCAGGUUUUUCUCAACAAAAUACAGAAGCUUGUUUUAUAGGUAAUAAACAUUUUGUUAUGAAUAAUUAAACAAAACUUUCAAUUUUUAUACAUUGUAUAUGGGGAAUUGUAAUAUAAUAGAUCUAUGGUCAUUCAAAAUUCCCAAAAACUUCAAAGACCAUAUUUUGAAACGAGUAAUUAACUCGUACUAGGUAAUUGUUUUUAAUGAUACUGACUAUCAUUACCAACUAAUAGUGAAUAAGCAUAAUCAAACUUUCAUUUAUUAUCCAAUUUUUACAUAAUGAAUUUUGUUACCAAAAAUCUGGGACACUCCGCUAUUUUUUGUAUGAAUAUCUAAAAGUAAAAAAAUUACAAUUACAACGUUAGUCGUCGACGGAAAGGGUGUAAAGGGUUAAUUAUACCGGCGAAUAUCCGAAGCUGUUUUUUUAUAGCUCCGUCUUCAACCUAUUACGAAAUUGUCUGGAGGCUUCCUUCAAAUUUUGAAACAAGGAUAAGCUUGCAUCCAACAGAGCUUCCUCUAAACCCGACGAAUACAAUUGUUAUAUAUUUUCGUAUCACUCUGCUCGAUGUAUCCUCUGAUUUCCAACGAGAGUCAAAAUUAAUGCUGAUUUUCUUCGCACGUAUCUUAUUUUAUCUUAAUUACACUUUUAUAUUUUAGUACCAUUUCUAAGAUUAAUUUUAACAAAACUAAAAAUUAAUAUUAAAGCUUUUAACACUUAAGUACCUGAAUACUUUAAAGUACCAUACGAAACAAUGCCCCCGUUGAAUUAAUUGUUUACAAAAAUCCCAUAAUUUUCAUCUUGUGAACAAUAAUUUAUUAAUGUUAAACAUAUCAGAUACGUAUGGUGAAGAACAGCACUGAUUUAGACAGAAUAUCAGUUGAAUAUCAAAAUUGUACGCGUGUCUGCCUAGGUUAGAAUCUUCUUCUUGUUAUCACUAUUCCAAUGAUUGUUGCAAUGGAAACCAGUCCUUAAAUUUUCUUCGAAGCAAAUACUCUUAUAGCUUUCAUUCUUGUUAAAAGAAUAAGGAGAUUUAUAUAUAAAUUUAUGGACAGCUGUGAUUAUAUUCGAAUCUUCAUAUAUAAAUUCUUCAUCUUCAAAGAGUUAUAAGCUUGCAAAUAUUUUAUAAUAUGCUUAGGAUUCGGUAUUCCUCGAAUUAUCUAUUUUUAUGAACGUUUUCUAUAAAAAUUGGGGAAGAAAUUUGAAAAAGAGGAUAAGUUAAAAUUGAUAUAGCGUACGAAGGGUGGGACAAACUUUAGAAGAUGAUUCUGGAGGUAAAAAUAAGACGAAAAUCAAGAAUGACAAAAUAACGUUCGCGGCUUUGUUCUUUAGUUAUUAAUAUUGAAAGGUAUUAGUGAAAAGCGCCUGAAACCGGCAAUCUGUUUUACAGCAGCGACGAUUGAACGUCGUGUCAGUAGGGGCGUGUACAGUCACAGCCAACAAUCGUUAAAUAUUGGAAGCUCGCCAAGUGCGAUUUUGUUCCUGACGAUGAGUACUUAUUGGCUGUGACUGUACUCGCCCCUACUGACACGACGUUCAAUCGUCGUUAUUUUGAUUCCCAAAAUCAUCUCCUAAAAUUUGUCCCACCUAUUGUCGAACAUCCUGUAUAAGUUGUGUAUUACAAAUAGAAAGGGUAGAUUAGAGAUAAACUUCGAGGAACACCAUGCGUAAAUUCUUCAAAGAACUCGUAGAAAGUUUCUGCAAAAUUCUCGUAUCCGAUUUUGCUUCUCGUCAUUAAUUACAGAAAGUCUGACUCGAGACACAGGGCUCGCUAACGAGCGGACUCGUUUUAUCACCGUUAGUUCAAUUAACACUUAAAAAUUAUCAAAGAUAAUCGUCCAAUUGCCGAAAUUACCGAAAUUACCGAAAUUACCAACUCGAACGAACCUCACCAGACACGCCAUUGAAAAUGCUAUCAGACUCGAAUUAAUACUUAUAUCGCUUUUCCCGUCGUUCGAGCUUCUCUAUCUUGAAAUUUAAUAAGAAAUUCUUCCCUCUUUAAUGUACGCUUCGAUGGAAUUCGAAUAGCUUUCUAUAGAAAAUUAAAUACUUCAACGCGCAGAUCAAUUACAGGAUGAAAAAUAUUAGGAGGAAGAAGAAUCCUUUUGAAGUACCGGCUCUCAGGGAAGCAUAAUUAAAGCGAUUCAAUCAAUGAAAAUUCCGUUAAGUCUGAACGAUCUAACACGCAUAUCAGAAUAAAAACUAUUCGACGAUCUCGUUAUGACCAAUGGAAGAAAUCGACGAAACGACGUUACGAAGAAGAGAUUAUGAUCGUGUGGUGUUCAAAGGUCAAACGAAAUGAAACAAAGGAAUUCUUCAACAAAACUUACGACAAAGGAAAAGACGUGUGAAAAUUUUUUAUUUUUCUUUUUUUUUUCCUUUCCAACUGUAUCGAACUCUGUAUUCUUAAUCGCACAAGAGCUUGAUGGAUCCACACGUAGAGUUUCGCCGAUUAAAAUUGAUGCCACGAGUGUUCGUCUUCAGGCGACUUUUUCGCUUUGUUUUCUCCUCGUUUUUCUAUCGAUCACUAGUUACUAUAAUUACACACCGACGCUUCAAAUGAAAAUAAAUGGCACAAUAAUCUUUGAUCCUGGACUUUGAAGUCUUCAUCCAUCGAGAAUCAUUCGUAGGCUAUAAAAGGAUAAGUCGAUGUGAAUUUUUUGUAAUAUUUACGUGACUAAAGUUGAGCGGGCAGUCUUAACGAUAUCGCUGUACACACGAUUCUGUUUAAUAUACGCCCUAUGGAAAAUCAGUGAGGUAUUAGAAACGGUUUUGCAAUUGUAAAAUCGAUGAAAGUCAAAAAUUGAAACAUCUUUUGGUGUAACACUUGCUUAAUCAAAGUCUAGUUAUUAAAUAUUGAUAUUUAUUUUUCAUAUAUACUUGCAUUUCGUGUGAUGUCAUUAAACACUGUUGAUUGACUUUUAAAAAUAUUGAAUUAAUUCCUCUUCAAUGGAUAGAGAAGAGCCACGAAUUAUUCUUUUCUUUUUGUUUUGGAAAUUAAUUUUGCAACCCCAAUUCAUCCUAUAUUUGUUGCGUUUCUUGAAACAAUGUCCAGAAAAUAUUCAACCUUUUUUACACUAUUUUUAUUUUCCAAAAUAAAGAAAAGUAAAGAAAGUUUUGCUGGAAAUACAAAAAGUGUUCAAAACGAAAGUUAUAUAGGGUACAAAAAUAAUUCUCUCCAAUAUUAAGUGGAAUAUUUAAAUAAUUGUCUAAAAUCUUUCAAGAAAAAAUUAAAUGAAAUAUAAUAAUUUUCUCUUUCGAUUCUCCACCGAAGUGUCUAUAAAAUCUACCCUCUUAUUAACACGUACAUUAUUGGUCACGCGAUAUCGCAUGCAAAUUAGAAUUAAUGUCAAGACCCAAGAAAACAAAUAAGAUUUUUCAAGAAUAUAAAAAUAAUUGAUGAAUAAUUUUUCCAACUCGAUGGGUGACAACUUACGAAUAUUAUAAAAAAGAAACACGUGUUUACCUAUUUUUACCCAAACGAGAAACGUGAACAUAUUGUUAUCACUGCCCUCCAAACUCUCUAUCUGCAUAUCCUUCGAUGUACUGACGACUAAUGUUUACACUAAAUUAAUUAACUUUUAAAUACGAUAUCUUACCGAGCAAAAAUGUUACUCUACUAAUUAACGUAACGCAUUAAAUCUUGAACUUAAGUGUGUCGCGGGUAACAUCCUACCUAAAACUAAACUAUGUACAUACAUACAUACAUACAUAUACAUAUACGUAGUGCGGCAACGGAGAAAGUGUUAGCGAAAAGAAAACGAAAAAUCAGAAAAUAGAAGAAAACAAGUAUCGUAAGUGUGUAUGAACGUGUACAGGCGAAAAACAGAAAGUCGAUUAAUACACAGAGGAAAAGCUCACACAAUUGUAUCUAGAAGUUGCUAUAGCUAGAUGGAAUUAUAUUUUACAUUGUACAGUCUAUACGUAUGGACGCACUAAAACCUAUUAAAUUAAUAGAUAGUAAAAACAUGUUUGUGAAAAAAAAAACGGAGAUGGAAACGGUGUUAGCAAUAAACCUUUUGUGGAACUCCAGGAUCGACAGCUAAUCGCGGAUAUUUUUGUUCUUUAAUACGCUGUUUCUCGAUUUUUACAUCUAUGUAUAUUGGAGAUAUACAGGUAUUUGAAAUGUCGGCCUCGGGUUGGGUCGGAAGACGUCGGGCAGUUUCGGAUGGCUACCUAAAUAUGUCGAUCUCGAAUCGGGUCAAGUCGGAUCGGGUCGGGUCGUAUCGGAAGAGGUCGGAUAGAUUUGGACGGAUAGCCGAUUUAUUGGGUUACCCUAUUGUAGGAAUCGAACCCGUCCGAUUUCUUCCAAAUCAAUCCGACCGACAAGAUACACGACACACUCGAUUAUCCGCACACUCUUAAUAUACAUAUAUGUAUACAUGUGUGUACGUAUAGUUGAAUUCGAGCGCGUAUAUAUUGAAAAAAUGAUAAGAAAAAGAAAAUGUAACCUGUCAUGAUAAGAAAAGCGAUCAGAUUGAUUUAACUCGAUGCAUUUUUAAUGAACGGGAUACGAAUUUCGCUCUAUUACAUGCGAAAUAUGAAAUACGAGUGUAGCAUAAAAAAGUGAUGCAUUUAGAUUUUUUAUACGUCAAAGCGGAACCUCCUAUGCCGUUUCGUUAGAAUUCCGAAUUUAUAAACGCGCAAGUCUUCGAUACCAUACAACACAAUCCACGCAAACAAUUCGCAAUUUCUUUGAUUUUAUUCGCAUAGCAUUUUAUGUCAUACAGGACACGAGUGAAAGGAACCAGAAAUAAAAUUUAAAUAAAGUGAAAGAAUGAAAAUACGUUGUACAACAUACACACAUAAUACACACACACCUACGCAUACAGAUACAUACAAUAAGUAAUAUGGUAGUGCGCGCACAGACACGCAUUACAAGAUAUCUUGAACAAUUGGAAACAUGUAAAUACAUAGACAUAAUGUCGUAAUUACAAAAUUAUAUGAAUAAAGUAUUGAAAAUGUA